CUCGACGAGGGAUGCCUCGUGUCUCGUAUCAACAUGAAAAUAUGGAAUUUGCGACGUUCAGAAGUCACUAUAGUCUUCAAAGAUUCGCUCUGCAACCGCAAUUCUAUCACAUACAGCAACAGUUGUUCAAGUUUACCGAGCCUUUGGAACUGACCACAGCUAUCCCUCUAGAUUUGAGCGUAAAGAAUCACAACACUCAGUCUCCAAUCACACCGCCUUGUACACCUAGUCCAGAUGGAAAGAAAAUACAUCGGUCACCAACUCCGGACAUACCUACGAAAAAACCGAAGAUAAUUACUCUACUUUCCGCUAAGAAAACCAAGGCUACAAGAAAACUAAACUUCGAAGAAGAUAACACGUCGCCUGUAUCGGGCACCAUCAUCAGAGAAUUACGACCCGAUGAAAACCUAGUUGUAAGAAAAGGUGACAUAGAUCCGGCGUUCAAUGUUGUGGAAAUUACAGAAGAAGCUAAGGCGGAAUUGUCGAAAAUCGAAAACCUUAUAGGCGAUUACGUUUGUCAGCUGUGCAGAGAAUUGUACGAGGACGCUUUUGGUUUGGCGCAGCACAGGUGUUCAAGAAUUGUAAAUAUUGAAUAUAGAUGCCCCGAAUGUGAUAAAGUUUUUAAUUGUCCAGCUAAUUUGGCGUCGCACAGAAGGUGGCAUAAACCUAGGCAACCUAAGGAGUUUAAAAAUGGUGGAGGAGAAGGAGAUCAAGACUCUGAAGAACAAUUCCAAUGCCCCGAUUGCGGAAAACGAUUCCGAAGAAUAGCUUACCUCAAGAAGCACCAAUCCAGCCAUCACAUAGAACAACAAAUAGACGAAACUUUUCAACAGAUUGAAUGACAUCGGCUGGUCCCAGUCAGACCUAUUCCUAGGAUGCCGACCCGCCUAUGGAGACCGCC